AUGGUCGACUACCAUAGGUAUCUCCCACGCUUCUUACUCGCAGACUUCGGUGACGACGAAGACGGCGAUGCAGCAGUGAAGCCUCAUGUGGUGCUUGGGGGGUUCAUACUGCUGGGGCUUGGUCGGAGCCCGUCAAAUCUGCCGAGUCUAAGAACAGGUACUGCUGAGUCGAAGGAUGAGCAACCAGAGGCCCAGCGGGCGGAGAACUUGCACCUGUUACUACCUGCUUCGAACGAAGAGGUGAACCUUUGCAAGACCAUUAUUACGGCGACGGCGCUGGACUAUCCGAUCCCGACGCUCAUAUCGUUAAAUAAGACUUUUAAUACAGGCGGACUUCUCGGCGGAGGUAGCCAUAUCGCCAAGAUCACUGGCGUUCUCGAAUGGCUACAAGCGCAAGAUGCGUCUCGAGACAAUGACCUAGUAUUGAUGAUGGACGCAUAUGGUUCGUUUGAUUACUACGAUAAUGCCCGAAACCAGCAGGCUCACCUCGAGGCAGACAUCUGGUUCCAACUGCGGAAAGACACGCUUAUCAGUCGAUACCACUCGAUUAAUGCGGCGGCCAACAAGCGUCUGUCGGACCGCUUGGGCAAGGCUUACGAUGCGGAGGGGAUCCGGCAAACGAUCAUCUUUGGAUCCGGGAAGCGCUGUGCACCUAACCAGGUCCACACAGUUGCCUGCUAUCCAAUGCCAGAGACCCCACUGCCUGAUGAUGUGUACGGGACUAACACCGAUACUAUUAUGGGCCGCAACAAGUACACCAGCCUCCGCCAGCGCUGGUUGAACUCUGGAUACGUCGUUGGCCCCGUGAAGGACAUGCGUGAGAUGUUUAGGCGAGCACAAGCCAAAGUCGAUGCGAUUCAGGACCACCCUGAGUGGGACAACGGCAGCCGAGGCGCGGACUUCAUGUAUCACGGCAGCGACCAAAGCAUCUUCAAUACCAUCCUGGGCGAGCAAGAAUUUCAACGAGAAGUUAUGCGUCGUCGUCAUCUCACCAGCCUUGACAAGGCUCGAGGAAAGCUGAAGGUGCCACCGAGCAAGAUCGAGGGAACUAUUAUUGACGAUCCCUUGAAUCCUUCAUUCACGCACGAGCCAAUGGAACAGAAGGCAGGGAAACCAGACGAGUUUUCUAUCGGACUGGACUACUUCUCCGAGCUAGGACAGCAGACUGUAAACUCAGAGGAGGAUUCUCGCUACAUCAGACACAACGGCGACAUCCAGGAUCAAGCAAAAGAUCGCACCGGCCACUUCGACUGCCCCAACAGAGCUACUCCCGAGAUCCCAGCCGAUAUUUCAAAGACCGAACCUCCGAUUUCGCAGCGCCAGAUUGGCGAGGCCGAUCAGCAAUGGUCUGAAGUCCCGCUGUACACGAAUCUCUGCCUCGACCGCAUUCCGGUGAUGAUCCACCAUAAUGGCGACAAAGGGCUUCGAGAGGCAGCGUGGCCGAGAAUGUGGGUGCAGCCGCAUGCGCGGAAGUUCAUGGCGGCGGUUGUCGCCGGGCAGGAUGGCGAGCAGAGGGGUGGUGCGUUCUCGGAUGGGCAGUAUGUGUCGUUUGGUCAGCUGUGUCCGAGGGAGAUGGAGCAGGAACUCUUUAGAGAUCUCGAGGGCUGA